AUGAAGAUCAGCAACACCCAAAUUCCCUUCGGCCCUUGUCAUGCAGUGCUCGCAGCAGGCAUGCCCACUCAGCCACUCGGCGGCCGUUUUCAGGUUGAGCUGUCUAUAGUUGUUGGAGGUCGCUCCUGCUCCUGUGCCGGCAUUCAGUUCACCAAGCCUUGCAAUGGCCCGCUCCAGCUCUCUGCUCGCUUUCUUGCUGUUGGCGCUGGGCUGCUCCGCGAUGCUUUGCUUUGUGGGCACAACUCCAUCUCCUGUGAGCAAGUCUUUGCGUGCGCCAGCGGUUCAGAUGGAGGCGCGCGGUGGCAGCGAGGGCGCGCUGGGCGACAUGAGCCCUGA